ACAGAUCACAGAACAAAGUACUACAAGUAACCAAAAAUUGUUUUGUAUUCAACAUACAUAGUUUUUUAUUAGAAAAAUACAGUUUUUUAUAUCUCUAAAAACUGCUAAUAUCUCUUUUUAUAUAAAAGGGAAAUAGGGCAAUCAGUUAUGGUUUUUUAAAAUUUAAUAAAAUUUACAGGUUUCAAAUUAAUUGUGCCUCUACUUAAAAAAAAUAGAAAUGGAUUCUGUUUGGUUUAAGUCGGACUUAGCAGAUGAAAUAAUAAAAUCUGACCAUAUAUUUGAAGAAACGCAAAGUGUGGUUACUGACAUCAUGUCAGGCCAUAUAGAUAUCACACAUCUUGUCGAGAAUAUGGCGGGAGUGUUAACAAACAAAGACCCGGAGAACAGAGAGAAAGGAAUGAGGUUCUUCACAAAAUUAUUAAAGGAACUCCCAAAGGAUUAUUUAUUAGAGGCACAGUUAAAAUUCAUUGCCAAAUUUUACACAGAUAGACUUAAAGACAAUCACCGAGUAAUUCCACCUGUUUUAGAGGGGUAUUUAGUUAUCAUUGAUAUGAAACAUUACAAUAUGAAUAAUACAGGAGAGUAUCUGACUGUAUUGUUCAGAGAGGUGGCAUGUCAAUCACAAGUGAGGCAAGACAGAUUUAAUAUAUAUUUAACAAUAAAGAAAUUAAUGGAGAAAGAUUUGGAUUAUAUGAAAGUUCUGGGGCCAGACUUUGUUUAUGGUAUAAUUUCCGCAAUGGAUGGUGAAAGAGAUCCUCGCAACUUGAUGUUCCUAUUUAAAUUUUUACCAUACUUUUUAAAGAAUAUACCAAUUGGACAUUUAGUAGAGGAAAUGUUUGAUAUAAUAUCUUGUUACUAUCCAAUAGACUUUCAUCCAUCCCCUGAUGAUCCAGCAGCAGUCACACGACAGGAUCUAGCUGCAGCAUUAGGUCCAUGUUUAUGUGCUAUACCUGAAUUUGGAGAGCAUUGUUUAAUAUUAUUGAUUGAAAAGCUGGAUUCCAGCUUAAGGUUGGCUAAAAUUGAUUCAUUGAAGUUAUUGGCAGAAAGCUGUAAAACAUUCAAAGCAGAAAGUUAUGGACCCUUUCUGAAAGCCUUAUGGUCAUCAAUUUAUAGAGAAAUAUGUCAUAAAACUGAUGACGAACUUAAAAUGGCUGCCCAUGAAGCAUUGUCAGCAUUAGUUGCCAUUUUAGCAACUUCUGCAAACACAGAUCAAGCAUUUGAGAAUUUCAAUAAAGGAAUCCUUAUAUCUAUGCAAACAGCUGUAGCUGAGUCAACCACAGUUGCACAUUUCGUUCAGGCUACUAAAGUAUUACUGACUGUUGCAAAUGCUUCUAAAGAAUCUUGCAUAAUCAUCACUAAAUCAAUGAUACCAGCUACAGUGGCUUAUUAUGGUUUUAAAACAUCUCCUAAAUUACAAAUUGCAAGUUUGGAUUUCUUGUCAGACUUGUAUGGUCUAGCUAAACAUUGGGAAAUAUUAGGAGAACUGGAGACACAAGUAAACGAGAUUCCUCAGUUAUGCUUAACAGCUGUCAGUCAACCGGUAAAAGAUUAUCAGAUAGCUGGUUUUAAAAAUCUAAUAAAAGUAAAGAGUAUUUUACAAAGUGAACUUGUAUUACCAUUUGUUGAAAUUCUAAUGCAUAAUAUACAACACUCCCAGGAUAACGAAUUACUUCGUGUGAGUGUUGAAACAGUUCAUGCAAUAGCUAGAACAUAUCCAGAACUAAUUAUGAGUAUGGUAGUCAAAGGUAAAUGUGACUUAGAUAAUUUAACACAAGACAAGGCAGCUUUACAAAAACGUUUAAAUUUAUUAUCCAGUCUAGCCAGUAUUGACGAUUUUACUAAAGUUAUUAUUGAACACAUGCUGAAAGUCAUAAGUACUAAUGAUGAAGAAGCUUCAAAAGUUGUUGAAGCAUUGAGUGAAUGUAUAUCGAAUACUAGUUUAUAUUCAGACACUAAAGUACUGCAAAUUGAGAGUGAUCAUGGACUUGUAGACUCUAUAAUAGUUUGGGUGUUAACAGAAAUUAAUGGACCCUUAGAACCUUUGUUGCAUGCAUUUACUUUGAUAUCCAGCGUUAUAAGCAAUUUACCAAGUGAGAAACAAUUGAGAAUAUUAACAAAACAUGCUGCAGAUAUUACAGAAAAAUGCAAAAAUGAUGAGAUAUAUUAUCUUGUAUUAGAAAGUUUGUAUAGUUCAAUUAAACAAGAUGUAUAUGACCCUAAGUUUGAAGAAGUUAUGCAGCUAUCUCUAAAUUUGUCAUUGGUUUGUGAUAAUGAACUGAUAAGAACGAGGGCUUGUGUUUUGAUUGCACAUUUUCUAAAUAAGGCGGAGUAUGGACAAAGGUUUGAACUUCUGUACGAAUUAUUGAAAAAUUAUUUAUCUACAUGCAGCAGAGAUGAUCCAAAAUUGUGUCCAAGGUUGAUUAUAUUAUAUGGGUGGGUAACGAAGUCUUUAAUCAUGAGAGGUAGUGACUUAUUCCUGUUUUGGUUACAAAAGAUAUCGAUGACAUUGUCAAGCCCAGAAUACUGCAAGGAGAGCUCGAAAGCUAUUCAACUUAUUAUGGAAGACGACAGAGAGUAUUUAAACCAAAAAUGCCACUGUAGAACAAGUCUGCUGUAUAAACAGAGAAUGUUCUUGAAUUUCUCAACGCUCGCAGAGAAAAUGGCCCCCAUAAAUGAGAACGUAAAAGAAGAAUAUUUAUUAAGUUGGGCUUAUGUCCUUGAAAAAGUGCCGAAAUGUGUACUUAAUAAUGAAGUUGCAAAGAUUGUACCUUUAGUAGUUGACUCUUUAGAAUAUGACAAUAAAGACUUGUUACUUGUAAUGGUAGAUAUAUUGAGUCAUAUUGUUCAAGGGAAACAUUACCUUAUUGCAGACAGUUUACAAACUGUAUUGCCUCGGCUUGUUAACUUGUCUAAAUAUGUAAAAUCAAUGGAUGUUCGAAUAAAAAGUCUUCAGUGCCUAUACGACAUAGCAAAUUCAUACCGUACAAUAUUAUUGCUUCCAUACAAACAAGAUAUAUUAUUAGAUUUAGCGCCAUCUCUUGACGAUAAGAAGAGAUUGGUACGCACUUCGGCAGUGCGAGCGCGAACACGCUGGUUUCUAAUCGGUUCUCCUGGCGAAGUAAAAGAAGAAUAAAUCCAAUAUGUGAUCAUAUAUACGAAAUAGAAUGUUAAAACGCAUAUUCAGUUUAAAGUAAAAAAAAAAAAAUACGUUAAAUUUUCGCCCCUUAUUUAAAAAUACAGUCUGUAAUGAAUUUGUAUUUUAUGUAAUAACCUAAUUACUUUUAAUUAGGUAGAAAUUGUUUUAGUCAAAUAGUUCAAGCAAAACAUUUGAUUUGCGGUUAAUCGAUCAACUAAGAAGACAACAUGUUUACCUGUGUGUUGGUUUGACUUGUUGGUAUCAUACCAAGUCUAAAUAGAAUUUGUUAAUCUACAAGCAAAAGUUAAAUUAUAACACUAUACUGAAAAUCUUAACAUUUCGAAUAUUGUAAAAGUAGUGGAUUCUAAUUCCACAGAAAAUUGUAUAAAUCUUAACAAACCGUUGAUAGAAAUUGACUGAUCUGAUAUGAAUCUUAUAAAAGUUCCAACCUUUUUUAAAAUAAUAUUAAAUCGAUAUAUUGUAUUUUUAUCUGUAGCUAAAAAUGUAGAGUGCUAUUUUAGAUUAUGUUGAUGUUAUUAUGAGUUGUUCUGUGUAAA